CGCCACUAGUGGCGCCACAUCCCAGCCUCUCUCUCUCGAAGCGCUCCAGACGGCCUAAGGCAAGUCCCUUUGCCUCCGCUUUUUACCCUUACAAGGAAAACCAAAUCUCCCCGUUUCUCCAUCAACACAACGCUUCGUCGCACCCUCCCCGCAAUCGUCGCACUUUCUUUCUUUCAAUUUCGCGACACUCUUAUCGUGGUCUUGGCGUGGUGUCUCUUCUAGAGGGUAUCUUUGACACUAAUCUUCGUACAAUAAAGUCUUGGGUGUUUUGUAGUCAUGGGUAUACCGUAAGUUUGUCCAGUUCUGUAUCUGUACUUGGCCUUAUUCGGGUCUUUACGCGGUACUCAUCGUGCACGGUAUAGCGAUCAUGACUAACAUAAUUGCAGUAUGUACCGUGAGCCUUCAUCCACAGAGGCUGCAAAGAACAAUCCUGUCAAAGACCCUUGUGCCGCCGCACGUUCUGCAAUUCGUCGCCAGACCACUAUCCGGCGCCCUUCACGUUACAGUAGCUCCGCUUUGCGCAGCGCGACUUUGCGCUCGCCGUUUCCCCGUCCGCUAGCGAACGAGAUUGAACGUGAAGCUAAUGGACUCUCGCGCCAUGUACGCUCUCCUAUCCCGAACUCCGGCUCUGGUGAAGAUCCAUUCGAUCUGACCAACGGUCUGUCGGAUUCCAGCGCACGAGAAGCAGGUCAGCGCCUACUCAACGAUGUUCUUCGUCACAGUCGUCCCGGCCAGAGAUUGAGGAUACCGCGUAAUACUGUGUUAGACGACAUAUACUUGCGCGCAGCGGCUGGUGACCAUGGGGGUGCUCGACAGGAACAAGAUCACCCGCCCCCAUCCUUUACUCCUCGAUUCGCCCCGGCAAUUGCGUACCACAGGACCGCAUCCCCCCAGGCGCCUCCCGACGUCCGCUUGGCGCCAUUUCCUCGGUCGGAAGCCUUUGGUGGAGAUUCCUCGAUUGGUUCGACUAUUCCACUGUUACGGCGGGUUGGUCAACGGCCUAUUAAUCAACCAAACCGCCCAAACUCCCAGACUGUCGUCGACGGCCUUGGAGAUCGCCAGCGGAGUGUAAGCCCAGAUGGUGACAAUGCGAACGAUGCCUGGGAAACACUCUUGACUACUAUCACGCCGGACACCAAUCUUCCUAGCGCGGACUCCUCGUUCACAUCAGCGUCUGCGGGCACAAACGCUUCAAUGAAUGGAACGGCACGAAGCUCGGCAACUUCUUUUGGAACACUGCCAAAUUCCAUGGACUCAACUGCCGCAACUGUACAGAUGGUCCUCGACCCUUACCCGGAGUUUCUCAAUCCGUGUGACUAUUCCACUUCAACUGACUCCGACUCCGACUCUGAGGCAGAGGCCACCCAGAACUCAUUGUUCCAUUAUCACUAUCGCCGAAUACGCGAAAUUAACGCCAGGAGGGAUGCCAGGAGGCGUGCACGUAAUGCACAUUCGACUAUGAGUAGCCAACCUCCGCUUCCUGCGAUCUCAUUAGCAAUCUCCAACUCCAUAGACCCGGACCUUCAACAUAUGCAAGCUAUCUUGGACCGGCUUGCCCGUCGAGAGGAUGUCCCUGAUGACUUGUGGACAGCAGCUGGACUGUCUCGGACCAUCGGCCAAGGGGUCAGCGCAAACGACGGUACCAGCAAUACUGAUGCAGUUGAUGGGCUGUCCAGACAGCAGCAGUGAAGAACCUAAAUUUUUUCUUUCUUUCUGAUUCUGUGUUAAUUAUUGAGCCUUUCAUCCCUUCCAUUUUGUUAGGGGCAGUCAUGUCGAUGUAAAUGGGUUA